ACUAAUUUAUUCAUGACACAGACAUUUAUCAGUGCUUUCCAGAGAUGCAGCAUCCCACCCCCACCGCGGAGUCCAAGGUCUGGGAAACAGGAAGGGACGACAGGGGCAGAGGUUGGCACUGAUACUGGUUGGGCCAGGCCAGGGAGAGCAGGGCAGCAAGACAGCCCCGAAACCCCUAGGCUCACGCACCACCCCGCGCUUCCCCAGCUAGGGCCCGCGUGGCCAUGCCCUUCAGUGGUCAAAAUUUUGGGGACCCGUCCCGAGCUCGGUCACUGACGUCGACGGCCGCCUGGCGGCGCUCGAGCCGCUGGCCGAGAGUGACGUCAUCAGAGGCGGUCCGGCAGAGCCUGCCUCGCCCCGCUGCGCGGCCUGACGUCGCUGAUCGGCCCGGAAGCGCUCACACGUGUGCUCGCUCCCCUGCUACUGGCCCCUUGGCCGGCCGGGCUGUUUCUGGUCAUGGGUCGCUCCCGUCGGACAGGCGCGCACCGAGCGCACUCUCUAGCCCGGCAGAUGAAGGCGAAGCGGCGGCGGCCGGACCUGGAUGAGAUUCACCGCGAGCUGCGGCCUCUGGGACCCGCACGGCCCCAGCCCGACCCAGACGCCGAGCCCGACCCCGACCUGCCAGGGGGCGGCCUGUACCGCUGUCUGGCCUGCGCGAGGUACUUCAUCGAUUCCGCCAAUCUGAAGACCCACUUCCGAUCCAAAGACCACAAGAAAAGGCUGAAGCAGCUGAGCGUCGAGCCCUACAGUCAGGAAGAGGCAGAGAGGGCAGCGGGUAUGGGAUCCUAUGUGCCCCCCAGGCGGCUAGCAGUGCCCACAAAAGUGUCCACUGAGGUCCCUGAGAUGGACACCUCUACCUGACAUGGCCUGAAGAUGCAGGGCAGAGGAGUUGCCCAUGGACAGUGACGCAAGGACUAGGCUGGGAGGGAACGUGCCAACCCCUUUUGGCUCUGGGUUUGGGGAACGGAGGGCCUCUUCUGGGUGCCCUGCCCCCAAUAAAGGAACUGGACAAAGAGA